AGCGAGGGCGAGCGGCAGCGGCCGGGGCUGCGCAGCAGGGCCCGCGGCGGGUCAUGGCCCGGCUGUAGGCAGGGAGCGCUCCGCCGCCCGCCGCUCCCGGCGGCAGCCCCGCCGCGCCCCGACCGUCCUAUGAGAGCCGCCCCGGCGCCAAGAUGAAAGACGACUUUGCAGAGGAGGAGGAGGUGCAGUCCUUCGGCUACAAGAGGUUUGGUAUUCAGGAAGGGAGCCAAUGUACCAAGUGUAAAAAUAACUGGGCACUGAAGUUCUCCAUCAUCUUAUUAUACAUUUUAUGUGCCCUGUUAACAAUCACAGUAGCCAUUCUGGGAUACAAAGUUGUAGAAAAAAUGGACAAUGUGACAGGUGGCCUGGAAACAUCUCACAGAAGAUACACAGAAAAGCUCACAGAAGUGGAGAGUGAUCUGAAGAAAUUAGAUGACCAAGCCGGGCAAAAAGCCUUGAAUACUAACACUGAACUGUCCAGCUUCAGAUCUGACAUUCUGGCUCUUCGUCAGCAACUUCAUGACAUUUCAGAGAAAACUAGCAGAAACAAAGACACACUGGAGAAGCUGCAAGAGUCUGGGAAAUUAUUAGAUGACAGACAGAAUCAAAUGAAAAGUGCCUUAGAUAGUAACUCUUUCACAAUCAUCAGUGUUAAUAAGACUCUUCAGGCAUAUACUGGCUAUAUCAAUGAUCUCCAACAAGACACAAGUAAUAUACAAGCAAACCUGCAAAGCCAAGAGCAUUCUCAAAAUGUGAUCAUCAUGAGCCUUAACAACUUAAACCUGACUCAAAUACAGCAAAGAAAUCUUAUCAGUGUCUUACAGAAGUCAAUGGAAGAUACAAGCUCGGCUAUUCUAAGAAUCAAGAAUGACUUCCAAAAUCUGCAGCAGGUUGUCCUUCAGGCCCGGAAGGACACUGACUGGCUUAAGGAGAAAGUACACAAUUUACAGGCUUUGGCUACCAACAACUCAGCAAUGGCAAAAGCCAACAAUGAUACCCUUGAAGACAUGAACAGUCAGCUCAGCUCCUUCAGUGGGCAGAUGGAGAACAUAACCACAAUUGCCCAAGCCAAUGAACAAAGUCUAAAGGAUCUCCAGGAACAGCAUAAAGGAGAUGAAAACAGAACUGCUGCCAAAAUCAGCCAUCUAGAAGAAAGGUUCCAGGUCUUUGAAACCGAUAUAGUCAAUAUCAUCAGCAACAUCAGCUACACUGCUCAUCACCUACGGACACUGACAAGCAAUCUCAAUGAAGUCAGGACAACUUGCACAGACACCUUAAGUAAACACUCAGAUGAGCUGAUUUUUAUGAACAGCACGCUAGCCAAUAUUCGCAUAGACUCUGCAUCUCUCAAGGUGCAACAGGAUUUGAUGAGGUCAAGGUUAGAUGUUGAAGUUGCCAAUUUGUCAGUAAUCAUGGAAGAAAUGAAGCUGGUGGAUUCCAAACACGGCCAGCUCAUCAAGAACUUCACUAUCCUGCAAGGUCCUCCUGGUCCAAGGGGACCUAAAGGUGACAGAGGCCCUCAAGGUCCUCUUGGCCCUGCUGGCCUAAAAGGACCAAAAGGAGAGAAAGGAGAGCCUGGACCACCAGGACCUGCAGGUGAGAAGGGCCCACCUGGGCCAGCUGGGCCACCAGGAGAAAAAGGAGGGAAAGGUUCAAGAGGAUCACCUGGCUCCAAAGGUCAGAGAGGUUCUCCUGGCAAGACCGGUCUGCCUGGACCAAACGGAGACCCAGGGCCACCAGGGCCACCUGGCAAGGAUGGUCCACCAGGGCCCCAGGGCCCACCUGGAUUUCAAGGCCUGCAAGGAACUGUGGGAAGCCCAGGGCUACCAGGACCGCGAGGAAUAACUGGACUCCCUGGAGUCCCUGGGCUGCCUGGUCCAAAGGGCCCACCUGGCCCACCGGGGCCGCCAGGUCCAGGGAUGCCCAUGGCACUACAGAGUCAGCCUACACCCGUACCCGAGGCUAAUGGUUGUUCACCCCGCUGGAAGAACUAUACAGAAAAGUGCUACUACUUUUCUGUCGAAAGAGAAAUUUUUGAAGACGCAAAGUUAUUCUGUGAAGAGAAAGCAUCGCGCUUGGUUAUCAUCAACAACAAAGAGGAGCAGCAAUGGAUAAAAAGGCAGAUUGUUGGGAAAGGCAGCUUCUGGAUUGGACUAACAGAUUCAGAGAAGGAAAAUGAAUGGAGAUGGUUGGAUGGAUCCUUACCAGUUUACACUAACUGGAAACCUGGGCAGCCUGAUAACUGGGAUCACGAGCAUGGGCCAGGGGAAGAUUGCGCUGGGCUGAUCUAUGCUGGGCUCUGGAAUGACUUCUACUGUGAAGAUAUUAACAAUUUCAUUUGUGAAAAAGACAUGGACAAAGGGCAAAUUCUUGGAGUGUAAUAGGCUGUAACUUUACAGAUACCUUUGUAUUAAGGAAAUUUAUGUAAAGAAGAAGAAAAUCCUGGGAAAGCGCAACACUGACUUCCAAAAUUGAAAAAAAAUAUGAAAACAGAAAAAAGCAAGCACUGAAAACUGAUUUAAAAGCAUCAAGGAAUUCAGCAAUAACUCUUCUCCAGCAUCCUGUAAUUAUUUAAGGCCUUUCGACCCUCAGCAUCAGGAAAUGUUGGACUAACUCUGUUUUAGAUUUUCUUCCCAACCAGUAACCACAUCCAUAAGCAGCUUGUGUCUUCUGAGAAAAGACAUUCUAUCAAUCUGAGUAAGACUGUUGGUCACUCAUAUAGAAAAACAUAUAAAGCAACUGUGUAAACAGUUGCUUAAUUUGCUAAAAUCCCAAAUGUAGGAAAAUUAUACAGAUACACGAAUAUAUAGAUUUUAUAUAAAUAUAUAUAUAUAGUCCAACUCUUAUCAGUAAUAUGGAAUAUACUUUUAAGAGCUUUUAAAACUUUGUAUUUUUGUACAAAAUAUUUGCUUUUUACAAUUGUUCUCUUUUUUACUGACUUUUUUUACAAAUAUAGUGCACAGGGGCCAAAGAAAACAAUAAAGGUACUAAUAAUUCAUUAAGGUUUGCUGUCAGGCCUAGCUCAGCUAUAGAGAAAUAUUUUUACUUUCCCAGAUGAUUUGUUCUGGUUAAAUAACUUUUAAAGCAGAUUUUAGAUAGUGUUUUCCUUACUGUAUGCAGUCUAGUCUGCAUGUGUAACAAUUAAGUUGACUAAGGACUAGAUACUCAUUAUAGCUCUGAUCACAGCCAGUGUUUCAUUGGGGUACUAUGGAAAGACCAUUUUAAUAAAAGCCCUUCCUUCCUUCCUUCCUUCCUUCCUUCCUUCCUUCCUUCCUUCCUUCCUUCCUUCCUUCCUUCCUUCCUUCGUUCCUUCCUUCCUUCCUUCCUUCCUUCCUUCCUUCCUCCCUCCCUUCCUCCCCUCCUUCCUCCGCUCCUAUUCCUUCCACUCAGAAGAAAAUUCCAUGGAGGUAAAUCUCCAAUUUUUAAUAAUCAUUUUGAAAUGUUUUCAUUCCUUCUCCCUUCUUGUAAGGAAUUCUACCCCAGUAGUUGCCACACAUACUGCAGGUCAAGCCCAGAUGAGAGACUUUAUGAAAAGAGAAACAAAGAAGCUGCAUACACUGAAAUAUGUUUGUUUUUAAGACAGAUUUCAAGAUUUGGUGAGAAAAACAUGCCAUACUCAGAAAAGUCUAAUAAACUUGCACUUCUCCAAAGUGCUUUGUAAAUCGAUCUCUCUGUUUUCUUGGACUGGUACUUCCCUCCCAAACAAAAUAGAAAAUAAAAUAUGCUGCAAAGCAGAAAGAGAUUAUACCGUUACCCAGCCAGUUCCCUCCACAGUCCCAUGAGCUGUUGUCUUGGCAGCAAUAUUGCUUAUCAGGAAUUCAAAAAAUUGGUAGGUUAAUUCAUUAACAGAAACCUUGGUAUUUGUUUCCAGUUUUUAUACCCUUCUCAUGGCCACAUGCUCUACAAUGAAGGAAGUUGUUUUGGCUUUUUGGGAAGGAGAGCUCUUUUUCCAUUGCCUCCUGACCUGCCAUUUACCUUGGCUGAAUGCAGAUAAGUUUGUUGAAAUACUCCAGCUCUGUUGGAAAGAGACAAGAUUUUAUACUUCAGAUUUUCAAGUAUUGCUCCUAAGAUCAAUCACUUAAAAACUGCUGUUUCCCUACAUCUCCCUCCGGUAUUUUAAAUUUCAAUUAUAAUUUUUUUUCAAAAUACACAAAAUGUUACAUUUGGGAAUCUGUCCUGUGUCUCAUUAGAUAUGAGACAGGAACAACAGGAAAAUUGCAUCUGCUUAAUUAAAAGUGAAAAGUUUAUGUAUUACAGCUGCAGAAACCCUGUGUCACCAUCAUGGAGGCAGGGCUUGUCUUCAGACAGUCUGGAUUUCAUGAGCCUUUUCUUUUGGCUUUUUCAUAAAGUUUUGAAGACAACUUGAUUCUGCCAUGCACUGUCAUGCUGUACUGAGGAGUUGUGUGUAGACACAUGCUGUAAUGUUUACAUCUAUAUUUACACAUUGUCUGUGGAGAGAAUGUUAAACUGCUAUUUUUGGAUAAUGAGGUACAAAACUAGUAUUUUGUGUGCCCCGAGAGCCUCACAAACCCUGGUGAGUGGAACCUUGAAGAGCCACACUGAAGUGGAAGCACUGCUACCUUUGUUUUGAAUGUUGGCUUAUUUAGGUGAAAUAAGCCUGUUUUGAGCAUCUACCACAUAAAAUUACGUUCUUCAUGCUUUUUAUUGAUGUCACACAACUUGUGUCACAAAAAGAAGUGAAUGAGAAACGUCUGUUUAAGCCCAAGCUAUAUUGCUUCCUUGCCCAGAUUUCAUCCUUCUCUUCAUUCAGCAACAGCAGUGAUGGUACAUACACGAGAUCAGAUUAUCCAAGAGUUAUCUAGUGUCCCCCAGCCAGAGGAAUUACAAGCUGAGGACACUGAGAAAUGAGACGUGACUGGGCUCACACCUUCUGUUCACACACUUGAAUCAAACACUGCAGCUGUUAGACAAAACUGGAUGAAGAGGGAUGCUGCAGUUGGGUGCCUGACGUGUCCGGUCAUCCUUAAAAUAUGGCCUGAGCAGCCAGGCGUGCUGAGGCAGACCAUCCUUUUGACCUAGUAUUCCUGCAGGAAGGAAACAGAGGUGUCCAAUGGCAACAAGAAUUGAAAUCACUGAGAGGACCAAGAGUGUUAAGACAGCUCAGGAACAUGUCACAGAAAGGACAGAUGAUUGGCAGGAGCGCAAGCAGGACACCAGAAUGGGCCAAGAAAUUGUCAUGAAAGUCACACCUGCCACUCCUUAAUGGGAAAAAAUCCCCAUCAAAUCUUUCUGUAUGGUUUGAGUAAUAAUGCAGGUUGUAUGGAAAGUUUUAAGUGAUAGCAAAUUAUUUUGUCCAAGCUUGAUUUUGCUUUCCUUCUUAUACAUGAGUUUUGUAGCUUGUCAUAUUGAGCACACAUUCUCAUAAUCCUUCUUAUUUUACAUAAAAUUAAAUGCAAGUUGAUAUACCCCGGUAAGCACUGGGACUGUUGGAAAAAAAAGAGGGAAAGGCAGAGAAGGUACAAAGUUAUUGUGAUUUACAUUAAGUUCUGGAUUUCUUAAUGUCAUUUCUGACUUGUUUCAUUAAUUUAUUUGGAAAUGCCUUCAGCUGAUUAGAGCUUAUAAAUCUCAACUCUCAUUUCCUUUGUUGUCUAUAAUUAAUACUUGCAAAUGUUCCAAUAAAGAAAUCACUACGUG